AUGAACCGCGGUUCGAGGGAGGAGCUCCUCGGCAGUUCCCAGGAAGCCCUGAGGAACAGCCAACACGACUUGAGGAGCGUGUACGAGCGACCCCUCACCAGGGAGGAGAAGACGUUCCUGCUCAACGCCGAUAGGGGAGACUACGCGACCGUCAAACGGUUAAUAGACCAAUAUGCAUCAAAACCAGAACUGCUAGACAUCAACUGCGUAGACCCUCUGAACCGGUCAGCGCUUAUCGCCGCCAUCGAAAAUGAGAACAUUGAGCUUAUCAGACUAUUUCUCGAAGCUGGCAUCAAAGUUAAGGAUGCACUACUUCACGCGAUUAAAGAGGAGUACGUGGAGGCUGUUGAGAUGCUGCUGCAGUGGGAGGAGGAACACCAUGUGCCUGGAGAACCGUAUAGCUGGGAGUCAGUAGAUCCAGCAUCAGCAACGUUCACAUCUGACAUCACCCCACUAAUCCUAGCCGCACACCGCAACCACUACGAGAUCUUGAAGCUGCUUCUGGAUAGAGGCGCCACACUGCCAGUGCCUCACGACGUCAAGUGCGGCUGUGACGAAUGUGUGAAGUCAUCGACAGAGGAUUCGUUGAGGCACUCACAGGCCCGGAUCAACUCCUACCGAGCCCUGAGUUCUCCGUCUCUCAUUGCGCUGUCUUCCGCCGACCCUGUGCUGACCGCUUUCGAGCUGUCAUGGGAACUUAACAGCCUUAGCCGCAUGGAGACUGAAUUUCGUGUAGAAUAUAAGGCUCUUAGACAACAAGUACAAGAAUUCGCCACAUCAUUAUUGGACCACACGCGCACGUCACAGGAACUAGAAAUCAUGCUAAACUACAACCCUUGGGACAUGGACUGCUGGGAGCCAGGAGAGAGGCAGACCUUGGGGAGGCUCAAACUGGCCAUCAAGUAUAAGCAGAAAAUGUUCGUAGCACAUCCCAACGUACAACAACUUCUAGGAGCCAUUUGGUACGAAGGUCUUCCCGGAUUUAAGCGGAAAAACAUCGUGGGACAAUGCGUACAGGUGGCGAAACUCGGUGCGAUGUUUCCAAUCUAUUGUUCCAUCUAUAUGAUGUCGCCAGACUCGGAAUACGGUCAAUUCAUGAAAAAACCUUUCGUCAAAUUCAUCUGUCACAGUUCCUCCUAUAUGUUGUUCUUAUCGUUAUUAUCAUUGGCAUCACAAAGGGCGGAGUUUCUCGUUUUGGAAUAUUCUGGAAUAUCCUGGCUGCAAGAGUUAGUUGAAUACUGGAAAGCGCACGAACGAGGAUCGUUGCCUGGUCUGCUGGAAUUUUGUGUCAUCUUCUACAUAGCAAGUUUAAUAUGGGGUGAAAUCCGUUCCCUUUGGAAUGGUGGGCUUUUGGAGUACAUCAGUGAUCUCUGGAACAUGGUGGAUUUCAUCACGAACGUCUUUUACAUUGCCUGGAUCUGCUUGCGUUUCUCUUCGUGGUACAUUGUACAGCGCGACUACAGAAGCGGCAAAGACCCGUGGUACCCUCGCGAGCGCUGGGACUCUUUCGACCCGAUGCUGCUAUCCGAAGGCGCGUUCGCUGCCGGCAUGAUCUUCUCCUUCCUCAAGCUGGUCCACAUCUUCUCCAUCAACCCUCAUCUCGGUCCCCUGCAGGUCUCCCUCGGCAGAAUGAUCUUGGAUAUCAUGAAAUUCUUCUUCGUUUAUAUGUUGGUGCUGUUUGCUUUUGGAUGUGGUCUAAACCAGCUGAUGUGGUACUAUGCGGAACUGGAAAAAAAUAAAUGUUACCAUCUACCUAACGGAGAUCUACCGGACUUCGACAAUCAAGAAAGGGCUUGUACGAUCUGGAGACGAUACGCUAAUCUGUUCGAGACUUCCCAAUCUCUCUUUUGGGCGUCCUUCGGUCUCGUAGACCUGACAUGCUUCGAGCUGACCGGCAUCAAGAGCUUCACUCGGUUCUGGGCGCUCCUCACCUUCGGUUCCUACUCUGUCAUUAACAUUAUCGUACUCCUUAAUAUGCUUAUCGCUAUGAUGUCAAACUCCUACCAAAUCAUUUCUGAAAGGUCAGAUAUUGAGUGGAAGUUCGCUCGCAGUAACCUGUGGAUGUCUUACUUCGAGGACGGAGACACUGUCCCUCCACCCUUCAACAUCAUCCCGACGCCGAAGCACCUCUCUGGUUGGAUCAAUCGCAUGUGCAGUAAUCGCGACAGGGGUUCUAUUAUUAAUAAAUCUCGUGAGAAAGCACGUCUGCAGCAUGAAGCAGUGAUGCGUGUGCUUGUGCGCCGAUAUGUAACAGCUGAACAGCGAGCCAGAGACGAAGUAGGUGUCACAGAAGAUGACGUGAUGGAGAUAAGACAGGACAUAUCAACGCUUCGUUACGAAUUGAUCGAUAUUCUGGCAAAUAACGGCAUGAAGACACCGAGAAUUAAAAUGAAUGAAACAACAAUUUCCGGCAAGAAGGGUAAAGUGAUGGAGAGAAGGAUUCUCAAAGACUUCCAGAUUGGUAUUGUCGAAGGUAUUAUAAAGGACGUGAUAUCUAAGGAGAGUAAGCCUAAGGAUGUCUUCAGUCAGAUCGCUAAAGCCAUUGUAAGAAAAGGGAGUCCUGAGAAUAAAAAACGUGACUGGAACGCUGUGGUUAGAACAAAUACUGUGCGCCGAGACCCCAUUGGAAGUACCACAGAAGCUGAAACUAAACGCAGCAGACAGUCGCUUCGAGCCCAUAUUCUUGACAAUGUUAAAGAUAGGACUAUCGAUCCGCAGAAAUUAUUGGAAUUCAACCCUAAACUAUCUGACGUGACUCCAACAACACGGGUGGCAUAUGCCAAAUUCAUGAGAAGCAAGAUCAAAUCAGACUUCAGCGAACGAGAAAAGACUGGGACAUCAGAGAAAGACUUCAGCAUCGAAGAUGAAACGUCAUCUGCAAAGGCUAAACCGAAAACUCCACCAUUUAGGCCUAAAACACCAAUACCAGAGUCGUCAGAUGACAACUUGAAAAAAAAUGAAAUUAAAGUUCAAGCACACAUCGAAGAUAAAGGCAUUGGUUCAAGUCCCGGUGGUUCCAAGAAGAAUAAGCCAGACAAACCAGCUGAGGAGGAACCAAAACCGAGCACAGCCUCGCCGACUCAAGGAGCCACUCCGGAGAAGAAGGAACACGUCAUCCAAAUAGAAGACAAUGAACCAGAAUCGCCUAGCAAAAAUCUAUACAUAACCAAGGAAGAAGAUUCGACCCUACAGAAACCAAUUACACCUACACCUAGUAUGCAUUCGAAGGAUAAGGCAGAGGUUCCGGAAAAACAAGAGCAAAUACUCUCAGCGGCUACACUUGAGUCUGACCAUGCUAAAGAACCUAAGAAAGAAGAAGAAAAACCAAAGGAGGAAAAACCGAAGGAGGAAAAGCCAAAGGAAGAAAAACCAAAAGAUACAAAACCGAAGUCUCCUAAACCAAAACCUAGUCCCGCACCAGCACCAUCGUCUGCAGGACCACAAUUGGUUACGGAUAAAGGAAAAUCUAAGGUCACAGGAAAAAUGGUAUCUGGAUGGCUGUAA